GGUGGUCGUCGUGGUGGUGGUUAAGGUUUGCUAAGUCUCGCGUGCGUCGGAGUACUGUUUCACGACCCUUCGCCACGUGCCUCCUUCUCAGACACGAACUCGGACUCGCAGCAACUUCCACGACCCUCCUGGAAGCCCUCAAACCAUAGACUCCACCUUACGGGCCUAAACAACCAAAGAACCACACCAUAUUUAAGCACCCAAACCAUAUAUAAGAACCCAGAAGAGGCAAAUUUGACGGUACAACAACGUGAGACAUCUGGCAACCCACGGAGGAAGCCUUACGUGAACGCAGGUCAAUAUAGUGGCGAAGGCAGCGGCGGUGGACAAGCUUCGCCAACCACGCUCCCUCACCCCGACACAGCCAUCAUGUUACCUCAGCUCCCAGUGCCCCAAAACAUCGCUCAGCAUGACGGAUGAUGCCCUGGGAAGCCUCUCAAGUAUCGUAGCUCCUGAGGCUGGUGUAGGUGCAGCAGGAGCGGGAGAACGACGAGGAGCAGGAUCGGCAGUGUUUGUGUGUGUCGGCCGGGGACAUGUUCGGGUCAGGGGGCCACCUAGCGUUCAGUCAUGUGUGGCAGCUUCAGGCCAGAUACUUCCCGCUGAGGGGAUGCAACAUGGGGACGCUGCAGGACCCCAGGAAGGAUGACACCGCAGGCUCGGAAAAGCAGGGCGGCUACUCGUGUUACCGCCUGCAAGCCGCCGCCGCCAACGCCACCCCGGGGAACGGCUCAGCCACUCCGCCGCACGCCCGCGACCUGUACGGCGUGGUGCGUGAAGCGUGUGCCCAGCAGAACGUGAAGUGGCCCGUGGAAUGUCAGGUGAUCGAGGAGAAGGUUCGUCAUCUGGUGGACUGGCCUGUGUACCCCGAGGAGUUCUACGAGCCCACGGGAACCGAACUGAGACCCCAGCCGGUAGGGGACGAGAUGGGCCGAGUCGUCUACCAAUACUACCCCACCAGCUCCGUCAACUACUUCUCUCGGUCCUGCGUGGGAGGGAACAAGUACCUGAACGACGAUGUUCGGCCGCCCCUGGACGACGAGAACGAUACGACCCUUCAGUUCGAGUCCCGCUUCGAGUGUGGCAAUUUGGGCAAGGCGGUGCAGGUGUCAGAGUGCUACUACGAGCUGCACCUUCGGGCGGACAUGUACACCUCCAGGCACACGCAGUGGUUCUAUUUCGCCGUCUCCAACACCAGGAAGGACAUAACUUACAGGUUCUCCAUCGUGAAUUUGACCAAGGGCGACAGUCUCUACAACCACGGGAUGCGGCCGCUGAUGUACUCUCGCAAGGAGGGUGAUCUGCACGGCGUGGGCUGGCGGCGCUGCGCUACCAACAUCGUGUACUUCAAGAACCACGACAGCAACGACGCCACAUGUUACGACAGCGACGACGACGGUGAGGACGACGCGCCUUCCUACACCCUGAGCUUCAACGUGACCUUCCCGCACGACCACGACACGGUGCACCUGGCCCAUUGCUACCCCUACUCCUACUCCGACCUCCAGGAACACCUUCUCUCCAUACAGAACGACCCCUUCAAGGCCAGCGUGUGUCGUCAGCGGGUCCUGUGUCGUUCCCUGGCCGGCAACCCUGUCUACCUCCUCACCAUCACGAGCCACGACAACGAUGACGACUCCAAGAGGAAGAGGGCGGUGGUGCUGUCGGCUCGCGUCCACCCCGGCGAGACCCCGUCCUCGUGGAUCAUGAAGGGCGUCCUGGACUUCCUCACCGCCGACCACCCCAAGGCGCACGAGCUCCGGAGUCAGUUCAUCUUCAAAAUCAUCCCGAUGCUCAACCCGGACGGCGUGAUCGUGGGGAACCAUCGCUGCUCGCUGGUGGGGCGCGACCUGAACCGCCAGUACAAGAUGGUGGUGAAGGAGAUGUUCCCUGCGAUCUGGCACACGAAGGCGAUGGUCAGGAGACUGAUGGACGAGUACGGCGUGGUGAUGUACGGCGACUUCCACGCACACUCCCGCAAGCACAACAUCUUCAUCUACGGCUGCGAGAACCGCCGGAACCAGGACAACCACCUCAGGGAGCAGAUCUUCCCGCUGCUGCUGCACUACAACGGCGGGGACAAGUUCAGUUUCCGCAGCUGCAAGUUCAAAGUCCAUCGCUGCAAGGAGGGCACGGCGCGGGUGGUGGUGUGGAUGAUGGGCGUCCUCCACUCCUACACGAUGGAGGCUUCCUUCGGCGGGGCCUCCGAGGGUCCGCGCGCCGGCACUCAUUACAACAUCCACGACUUCCAAUCCAUGGGCCGGCAGUUCUGCGAGACCCUCUUUGAGUACUUCGACCCGCAGCCCAUCAAGGAGAAGCUCAGGAACAAGCUGUGGUCACGCCUCAUCAAGAAGGGAUCCAGCGCUGACGAACCAGCCUCCAUCGACUUCAGCGAGACCAAUUCAAGCAGCGAGGAGUCGGACCGCCAGGUGACGCCGGUGAGGCUGCGGAAGAAGAAGCUUGUGAGGAACCCGCGGCGGAAGGGCGUGGGGAGCCGCACCAGCGUGGCCCAGGUGGUGGAGCGGGUCACCACGCAGAUGAGGAUGGAAAAAUGUGAGCGGCGCAGCAAGAGUUCCCAGCACAGUCGUUCCGGGUCUUCAGGGUCUCCGGUGGGCAGCUGCCGCGAGCCUCCGGAAAGGGAUAGGGGCGGCAGGCAUCGUAGGGACUCUGCCGUGGACUCAGGCCCCGAGGACUCAACCCUCUCCAAGUCACUGCCAGACACCAAGCCAUGCCUCAAGAAGCUGCUGGAGAAACCGACCUCCAGCAGCGUCUUGGAUCUCCACUCGGGCCGCACCAGCUUGAGGCCGACGCAGUACAGGCUGGAGGAGGCCCUGCCGCUGCCCUGCUCCGCGCCGCCCCUCCGCAGGUUCAGCCACAGUCUCAUCCGUCCGCCACUCCUACAGUCCUCCUCCUCCAGCCGCGAGGGUCUGUCUUCUCCCGCCCCGCCGGAGAGACACGUGACAGGUUCCGAGACGUUGGCCCUCAGGUUCAACAGCAACAGACACAAAGAAAACAGCCACAGCGACGGGUGCGAGGCAGACGGUCGGGAGCCUCAGGAGCUGGGCGGUUACCUGGACGGGACGACGAAGAGCUACAUGGAGCGGAUGGAGGAGCUCGUGGCCACCAGACUUGCCAUCAGCGACACAGAAGCCACAAGGCGGAGGGAGGAGUGGAGACGCGGGGAGUACAGAUGGACGGACGUCGUUGCAGAGGGGAGCGUCGGCGUAUGGUGGGAUGGCGAGCCGAACAGCCGACUACACCCCAACACCAGCUCGCGUCAGCCCGAGGCGCUGGAACCGGUGGUGGCCAAGACGAGACUUCACGACCCUCGGCGCCCCGCUCGGCCCACGCGUCCCCCGCCCAUCGCUUUCACCGGGCGGCCCACUCACCGCGGGGCCUCGCAGCUGCACCGGGCGACGCUCACCCGGCGGGGAAAGCUAAAUGACCACGCCUUCAGCAGGAGGAGAGAGAAGGAGUACGGCCACUUCCUGCUGCCGCCAGACUCACGAGUUCGCCACUCCAACGCCUCUCUUCAGUACCUCGACUCGCCCCCUUCAGAUAGCGGCCUCGAUAAUGACCAUGUCUUGUGGCUGAGGAAGUCCACCGUGGAGAGCGUGGACGAUGUGGGGGAGUCGGUGCUGAACGGUAACCUCGCCUACCAUCGCUACUCCUCCCAGCCCUCGCACCUGGGCAUGGGGCCGUGUGAUGACCUCCAGGUGUCCGGCGAGGAGGUGGUGCUGCGGCUCUCCGUCCCGACCUCCAUCAGAGUGACGUCGCCGAGCCGGAAGGGGGAGCGGAUACGAAGAGGCGGCGGCCGGAAGAGCAGCGCCAGGAACCUGAUCGCCAGGGAGGUGGAGAUCAAGGCCGAGGACGAGGAGCUGUGCGCGGACAUUGCCACCUGCGACACGCUCUUCCUCGACACGUCCGCCCAAGAAACCCCGGAGCUGCUGGCCGCCAGGAACCUGAAGGGGAAGGUGAAGAAGAAGAAGAAUGCCAAGGCUGCAGCUGACGGCAGGAAGAACAACGAAGGAGAGGAACCAGCCAAUAUCGAAGGUGUGGAUGGAAGCGCCUCCUCCUCCCCUGGAAAAGUGGUUGGCCAGUCGGAGGAAGUCUCAGGGAACACUCAGCCGGACCUCAAGGUGAAGAAGAAGAUCAAGAUCGUCAUUGGCAAGAAGACCAGGCCCAAAAUAAGCAAGAAGAUCAUCGUGGAGAAGGAUGCGAGCCCUUAACGAAAGCCCCGUCAGACUAGGCCGAGAGAGAAUCACUAUUUCAUUACU